CAGAACAUCAUUGGCAAACGAUAGGAGCGUGCCAAUGCUAGCAGCGCUUGCGACAGCCAGGUGGGGUCGAAGGGAGAUAUAUCGAGAGGCUGCCGAAGUUCCUAGGGGACGGCACCAGUCGCAAACGAACGAUAGACCAGUUCACACGCUUUUUUAAAUAAGUUUUUAAGAGCCAGUCAAGAUGUGGGAUGACGUUGUAGAAGAAGAAACAAAGGCUGCGCCUGCCGCUGAUGCAGCCCCAGCUGAGGGUGCAGCACCCACCGAAGGUGCUGCUCCUGCAGAAGGAGCCCCCGCAGAUGGUGCUCCUGUAGCUGAUACCCCGGCACCUCAGAAGCCUGAAGAUGACAAACCUAAGAGACUUGUCUGUAAACAUUGGGUCAGGCCGAAGUUUUCCACAUACAACUAUCUCUACGAAUACCAAAAGAAUUACUACGAUGACCUGAUUACCUAUAUAGAUAAGCGUAAUAGGGGCCUGCCCGUGGAGAGGCCAAAGCCCCAGACAUGGGGUGAACGGGCCCUCCGCUCUUAUUACUCCCAAAGCUACAACUACGACGUCGCCAGAUCAACAAAACAGGACAGAUAUCUUCUCCAGCACAUUUCUGUUGGAGCAAAGUUCCACCGAGCUCACACCAAGUCCCUUAUCUCUAGGAAGUAUUCUAACCUCGGGUUUAACACAGUUUCUAUCUAGCUUCGCUAAUACAACACCGCUUAACGUUGCUUCGCGGACCCUAGUACGAUCCUAUCGUGACCUUAAUAUUAAUUUUACAGGAUUUCGUUAUCGUGAUUCAACAAGCCGUUAAAAGCGAUUCUACAUUAAGUUCAAAAAAGUCCGCUAUUUCCACUCUGUCAAUAUCUGUUGAUUAUGGAGAAGACAAUAAAUGCUAACUUAUAAA